UCUUUAAAAAACAUUUUCUCCCUCCGCCUCGGACUAUUUCUCCAGUUAUUUUUCUUUUUCUUGCUGCACAAACAGAAAGUAACAGCUCCACAAUCACCCAGAAAACCCGGACUGGAUCAACAGAAAACCCGGACUGGAAGGACUGACUACCAUGUCGGAAAUCUCAGAGGAAGAUUGGAAGAGAGAUCUGACCAUCAUCCUGGAGGAUCUGUCUUCAGCACAGUUCAUAAAAAUGAAGGAAUGUUUGAGGGGUUUCCUUCAGGUUCUGAAGGACAGCCGGUCCAGAGAAGAGAUGCCUGGGUCACGAUCAUUGAGUUCUACGGGAAAGAAAAGUCGAUCCUCGAGAUGGAGAGAGUGAUGGAAGAGAUACCGAAGAGAAAAUCUUUAGUUCAGCAUCUGCUGAAACCCUACGUUCAGAAAGUGAGGAGCAAACCGGAGAAACAGCAGCAUGAGAAGAAGAGGAGACGUGAGGAGGAGCCGGAGGAAGGAACCAGUCCUGCAGCAGAUCAGCUGGAGGGAAGCCAACCUGUCAAGAAACCGAAGACUCGUGACUCCCAGGAUGGAAAAGCUCCAUGGAGGAAAUCCAUCUUUGAUCUAAAAUCCAGUGGAAUUCUUGAGACGGAAGAGAUUGUUGGGAAAGUUGUUAAAAAAUCCGAGCUGCUCACAUCCACGAUAAAGACCUUUUAUUUUUUUCUGGGCGUCGCCGACGAGUCGGCCAGCGUCAAACUGAUGGUGUGCGGAAAAGAUCACCAUCGAAAAGUCAAAGAGGGGAGCUCCUACAUCUUCAGGAAUCUAACACAAGAUGGAAUAUAUGUGAAGGUCAACGCAUCGAGCAAAGUGUCAGAAACAAAACCUGUCAUCGUCCCGGAGGAGUUCGAGAGAGAAGCUGAGAGACUGGUUUAUCCUGAGAGUCCGCUUACCUCCAUUAAAGACAUCAAAUCAUCUCGUCCCCAGACACACGUGAGCGUCAAAGGAACCGUCACCGAGAUCUAUCCCGUCAACAAAGUGAAGGUGAAACACAAGGAGAAGAAGACGAAUCAGCGAAGCUUCAAACUGAGUCAGGAAGAUGAGGAAAUCAGCGUCACCAUGUGGGACGAGGCCACCAAGCUGAUUAAAUACCUUUCAGUCGGACACGUCUUUCUUCUUGAAUACAUGAAGCCCAAUGAGUACCGUGAGAAAGUGUCUCUCAACUCAUCUAAGUUCACCAAAAUCACCAAGGUACCUGCAGCCUCCAGUCGGACAUGUUGUCUCUGUGAUGACAGCUUUCCUCAACAUUUCUAAUUCUGACUUUUUCCUCAAAA